GCUGGUUUACAAAAAUCCAAGAAAAAAAAAAAAAAAAGCAUACACAAGCAAAGAAAUUCUGCACAGAGACACACAAGUAAAGUGAAAUCCAGCUAUUACCAGAGUCGCCGCUAACUGUGCCUCUAAAUUUGUUGUGUUCUCUCUCAGUGUGAAUUUUGCGCACAUUUUCUGCCUUCUCCGCGUAAUUUUGUUUCGUUUUUCUUUUUCCCGUGCCUUGCCCGUUAUCCUAACGCCAUUUGCUAACCGGACUUGUCAAAACCCUUUGUUUUUUGUAUUUUUGUUUGUAAGAUUUAUUUGUUCCUGUUUAUGUUUGUCUUUGUUCUAUUUGUUGAGUUGUUUUUUAAUUGGGCUUCGAUUUAGUAGUGAAGUUCUUCGCUUUUCUUCGGUUGAGGGGCUGCUUGAUCUCUCCUGUGCUUUCAUAGUGAUACUUAGAGAGAGAGAGAGAGAAUGGGUUGCUUUUCUUGCUUCAGUCCUAGACGAAAUGAUGUUCGAAGGAUCGAAGUUGAGAAUGGUACGCGAUCCAGUACACGUCAUUCUGCUGAUUCCUCAGGUGGUGGCAGGGGAAAGGACUCCUAUGAUAAUGAUAAUUGGAAAGGGAAAGGUACUUUGAAUCAUAGCAAGGGCAACAGCCCAAAAUGCAGUGCGGCACGCAGUUUUACAUUUCGUGAACUAGCAGCAGCCACAAGAGGUUUUAGGGAGGUGAAUCUAAUCGGUGAAGGGGGUUUUGGAAGGGUUUACAAGGGCCGACUUGAGACGGGCCAGAUCGUUGCAAUUAAACAACUUAAUCAUGAUGGCAUCCAGGGGUUUAAGGAAUUCCUUGUGGAGGUUCUCAUGCUAAGCUUGUUACACCAUUCUAAUCUCGUCACCUUGAUUGGCUAUUGUACUGAUGGAGAUCAGAGACUGUUGGUUUACGAGUACAUGCCAAUGGGUUGUUUGGAAGAUCAUCUCUUCGAUCUGGACGCUGAGAAAGCACCACUGAGUUGGAAUACUAGAAUAAAAAUUGCUGUUGGUGCAGCUCGGGGCCUUGAGUAUCUCCACUGCAAAGCCAAUCCCCCUGUUAUCUACCGCGACUUGAAAUCUGCAAAUAUCUUGCUGGACAAUGAGUUCAAUCCAAAGCUCUCGGAUUUUGGGCUUGCUAAACUGGGACCUGUUGGUGACAAUACUCAUGUUUCAACCAGAGUGAUGGGAACAUAUGGGUACUGUGCCCCAGAGUAUGCCAUGAGUGGCAAGUUGACCCUUAAAUCUGAUAUCUAUAGCCUUGGUGUAGUUCUGUUGGAGUUGAUCACUGGCCGGAGGGCAAUAGACUGUAGUAAGAAGCAGGGAGAGCAGAACCUUGUUUCUUGGUCUCGUCCAUUUUUGAGGGACCGAAGGAAAUUCAUCCAGUUAGUUGAUCCUUUAUUGCAAGGUUGCUUUCCUGUUCGUUGUUUGCAUCAUGCAAUCGCUAUUACUGCAAUGUGUCUUCAGGAGCAACCAACAUUCCGCCCUCUUAUUGGUGAUAUUGUCGUGGCACUCGAAUACUUGUACUCUCAGACUUACACCUCUGAAGUCCAUAAUAGUCGGGUCCACAGUCCCCCGCCUCAAUCAUCCUCUGUUUAAGGCAGAAGCUGCUGAAAUGCUUUGAUUAACUGUUUGCUGCCUAGUCAAAUUUAGAAGAAAAAUGUAUUGAAAUCCAUUCUCCGUUGUAUUAUAUAUGCACCUAGAGAAUGAGUAUAUAUAUGGAUGCUUUAUGUUAUAUAUCCAGGUUUGGGAAUUAUAUAUUUUUUAUUAUUAUUUUAAGUAAUUAAAAGUAGUUAGGUGCUUAUGAUUAUUGGCUCGGGACUUGUAAGAAGAAGAGAGUCCACUCGACGGUGCCAUUGAAAUGGGAAUCAAGAAAUUCAAAUGUGGUGAGGUUUUGCUUGGUUUUGGAGCUCAUUUUGUGUUGUCAUGCCAACAUGACCAGGAGAAGAAGAAAGAUAAGUUAAACCUACCCAUAUACACAUUGUAUUGUGCUGUUAUGGGGUCUACUUUUUUUGUGUAAUUAUUGUCUGGAUUCUUGAAUCUUGAAUUUAAUGAAAUUAGGGGGAAAAAUCUUUGUUCUUGA